AUGGCGGAGGGGCAGAGCAGUUCUUCGUUAAAAGCCCAAACAAUUGCUGAGGUUCAGUUGAGAUGGAGGAGAAAGGAAGAGGAAUUGAAGCUCUUGGGAACAAAGUUAAGCCCAUUUAGCUGGAGAAUUAUAUGGGUAUUGAAACUGAAGGGAAUCGAAUACGAUUUCAUAGAAGAAGAUCUGAGAAACAAGAGCCAAUUGCUUCUCUCGUCUAACCCAGUUCAUAAGAAAGUUCCAGUACUCAUUCAUGGUGGUAAAGCCAUACCUGAGUCAAUAAUUAUUCUCUUAUAUAUAGAAGAGACAUGGUUAAAGAAUCCCAUAUUGCCCAAUGACCCUUAUGAGAGAUCACAGGCCCUUUUUUGGGCUAAAUUUGCAGAUGAGAAGUUCUUGCCGGAGAUUGAGAUGGCUUUCAGUUCUACUGGAGAUGAUCAGGUGAAAGCGGUAGAAUUAGCAACAGAGGCUUUAGAAGUACUUGAAGGAGAGAUUAAGGGGAAGAGAUUCUUUGGAGGUGAUAGAAUUGGGUUUGUGGAUGUUGUGGUUGGUUGGAUUGCUUAUUGGUUAGAGAUGGUGGAAGAAGCUGCUUGUUUCAAAGUAUGGAAUUCCAAGAAGUUCCCUUCACUUCAUUCAUGGAUGAACAACUUUUUGGAAGUUCAUGUCAUUAGGGAGAACCUUCCAUCUCCUGAUGAUUUGCGUUCUUUUUUUCAUGAUCUUCGGCAAGUUAAGUGUGGGAUUCAUUGACUCAAGA